CAGCGCCCUUUUAUCAACAACAUAUCACGGACCAUCAAUCAGAUAUACCAUCUACUCUUUCCUUUUCGAUUGGUAUAGCAGCCAACUACGUUAUUUGUACAACCUUGUUGUUAGACUUUGACUAUGGAUCAUUGCAGCAAAGAUUUGUGUUCGGAAUGCUUGAGAAUGGUCAAUGACGGAGCCAUCUGGCACGAUUCUUCGAGGGUAAAGAAGCAGCCAAACUCAACACGUCUGAGCGAGCGAAACUUUCGAGAUGUUGUCGAGAAAUCCGCUACUUGCCGCCUCUGUCGCCUUGCUCUGGCCGCCCUUUCCAGUAGACGUCGCAGGAAGACAAUCUCGGAUGUUCUUGAGCCUGACACUACUAUAUACUAUGCUCGCAUAACCUACGCGAGAUUUGGCAGAGAAGAUUCUGUCUCAGCUGACACCAUACCUCAAUCUACGUCUCAUGAUCAGGACCCCGGGGUUGCAGGAUUUCGCUACACAUAUCGCCUUCGCGUGUCGGCAAAUUACCAAUACAAUUUUAAGCCUUCGCAUGACUUUGAAUUCGUUCGAGACCUUCAAAGCCGACCAUGUGAUGGCAGCUUCAGUGUUCCAUAUCCUGAUAUUGAAGGAGAGAUCAUGUUGCUUUGCGAACAAGGUGAUGACGACCGAUUCUUUAAUGGAAGACGGAUGGAUACAUGCUUUGAUUUCAAUCUGGCCAAGAGAUGGAUCCAUGACUGUGUUACCAAACAUGAACCCAUUGAACAAGGUGGAGCUCUCCCAGAGCAGAGAAGUCCCAACAGAGUCAUCGACGUAUGUUCAAGGAGACUUAUAUGGGCCCCUCAGGGAUGCUUGUAUGCUGCGCUGAGCUACAGCUGGGGUCCACCGGAAAUCUCACAGGUCCGACUGAAUAAAUAUACUGAAAAAUUUCUUGAAGAGCCUCAGGGACUGAACGAAGUCCCAAAAACGAUACAUGAUGCCUUCUUGGUUUGUGAAAAAUUGGACAUUAAGUACCUAUGGGUGGAUGUAUUCUGCCGUCAUCAAGGGGAAGAAGGCAAAUCCCUGGCAGAAAAGAUCGAAAAUAUAUCCAAUAUUUUUGCCUCUGCCUACCUGACCAUUGUUGGUGGAGGAUUUGAUUCGCAUUGUGGCUUGUUCCAUGUGGACCAUCCCAGCCCACGCCAGUCUACAGAGCAAAUUGGGGAUCUUCACCUGGCCGUUUCACAGCCUCCCUUCGAUGAGGCAAUGCGUGAUUCUCCUUGGAGCCAACGUUUAUGGCCAUUUGAUGAAAACAACAGAUCAAAGCGCCUCCUUUAUUUUUUUGAUCGUCAAGUGUUAUUCACUUGCAAGUGCCAGGGUGAACGUCCUUCAUUUUACUGUGAAGACAUGUAUCUGGAGUCAACCGGCAUCAAAGUUACUCUUCCGUAUAUUAACGAUCUUUGGACCAAACAUGAUAUAGAAGAUUUUAAUGGUUAUGUGAACCAUGUCAUGGAGUAUGUGGGUCGUCAAGUUACAAAACCAGAGGACCGAAAACGUGCCUUUAAAGGCUCAAAAAUCAAGCUGGAGACUGGUCUUGGAAAGGUGUACAUCCAUGAUCUCCCUGUAAAGUACUUUGCUCGGGCAUUGUGCUUUGAACUACACCCUAGGGUAUACCUCCCUACAGAACAUGGGUCACCAAGCUGGUCCUGGCAAGGCUGGCAAAUCCCCAGCAACGACUUUUAUUAUGACUCUGCAGGAGGUAUGGAUUUCCACAUUUCCAUAUUCUAUCGCGCAGAGAAGCAGCCAGGAGCAGGUCAAUUUCAGUUUGUUCCUAUUAAGGACUACGACUUCGAUGACUUCUCCUCGAACGAUUUGCAAUUGGCUAAACUUUAUGAUGACAUCCAAGGAGGGGAGUUUUUCAAUGUGGUCCGUGAAGUUCUAAAAUCUAAAUAUGAGGGGUCAGAGGGCCCCAAUCUGAGAGCGCACGCUGCUUUUGGCAUGAAAUGCGUGAGAGGUUUUCCUGCCUCGGAAAUCCUUGAUACACUGUCCGCCGAAGAGAAUAGACAACUUAUAGCAUUCUUCACGGUGACAACUGAUCUGUGCUUUACUUCCAUGAAUACUGACGGGGAAUUUAAGGCAAUAAUGCGCCCAGGAAGAGAAAAUGUUAAGCUUGGCCAAGGAUGGCUCAAUACAGGAGCAAGAUAUGGAGCAGGCCGUUUCAAGUGUAUAUUCAUCGGUGAAUCAGAUGGAAAUGGUCUUUUUUUCUUGGCAGUGAAGGAAGUCAAAGAAAACGUUUACAGCCGUGUGGGUUCAUGCGCAGUGCUGGGAAAAGAUAAGCCAAAGCUUAGAGAUACAGUGAAGCUUGAAAUGAUAUACUUGAUCUGAUAGUGUAGUUGGACAUCCUCCACUACCAUCAAUCAUUCAGUUCCAUUACCCCUUCAAUACUUUUGCUUGUGUCAGGGCGGCGUUGUGCUUAGCCCAUUGUGGGAGUCAGCCUGGAGGCCGCUUCAAACGCGACGGAAAUGAACAAAGUCCAUGAAGCUCUGUGGCCUUUGCGCCGUCACCCCGAGGUACUCCGUAUGUAUGAUGGUUGGCUUUUGACCUGUUGCUCCCCACGGCAGGUAUAAGUAUCACAAGAUCAGGU